AUGGCCAACAGCAGCCUGGCGCUGAGCAGCCUCGACAGCAUCUACAUCAGCACCGAGUCCUUGAUCGCGCUGCUGGCCCUCCUGGGCAACACGCUGGUGAUCUGGGUAGUGAAGCUGAACCCGGCCCUUCGCAACGCCACCAUGUACUUCAUCAGCUCCCUGGCGCUGGCCGACAUCGCCAUCGGCAUCCUCGUCGUGCCCCUGGCCAUCGUGGUGAGCCUGGGGAUCCACGUCCACUUCUACGCCUGCCUCUUCAUGUGCUGCCUCAUGAUGAUUUUCUGCUACGCGUCCGUCCUGUCCCUCCUGGCCAUCGCAGUCGACAGGUACCUGCGAGUGAAGCUGCCCAUGAGAUAUAAAACGAUCUCUACAGAAAGAAGAAUUUGGCUGGCACUGGGUGUGUGCUGGUCUGUCUCUCUGCUAGCAGGGUUAGCCCCCAUGUUUGGGUGGAACAACAGAAGGCUGGGAAGCGCGGAGCUGCUCAAGUGUCGGUUUGUCUCCGUCAUGAAGAUGGAUUACAUGGUCUAUUUUGGCUUCUUCAUGUGGACCCUUGUGCCCCUGGCCAUCAUGUGUGCUCUCUACGCUGAAAUCUUUUACAUGAUUCGGACAAAGCUUAGUCAAGGUUCAAACAGCGUGAGAGGGGCAGGAAUGUUUUAUGGGCAGGAGUUCAGGACAGCCAAAUCGCUAGCUCUUGUUCUCCUCCUGUUUGCAAUAUCCUGGCUGCCCCUGUGCAUUAUGAACUGUGUUUCCUACUUUUACCCCAAGUGGCCAAUCCCCCAGCACUGGAUGUACUUGGGAAUUCUCUUGUCCCAUGCCAAUUCUGCCAUGAACCCUAUUCUCUAUGCUUGCAGGAUAAGGAAGUUCAAAAACUCAUACCUUUUGAUUUUAAAAAGUCAUAUCCUGUGCAAAAAAACAGAGCCAGGUGUUCUUACAGAGCAACCUAUGGACUAG